GUAGGGAAUUUGCUGAUGUAUUAGUGGUGGCGGUGAACACGGUUGAACGUUGAACGUUCGAACUGUGGCCAACCCAAUUCUUGAGUCGAUUCAGGUGGACUCCUGCAAACUAUCGCAUCGGAUUUCUCGCCUGAAUCUAUGUUAAAACUGUUCGAAAUUCCUACUUGCAUUCCUGAUCUUACUGAUCACAUAGUCAAGUGUGAAUAUCCCGAGGCUACCAAUAGUCAUAAGUAUCAUAUCUGCAAGUGCACCUGGGACCGGCCUAAUCAUUCUCCAGUCACGGUGGCAGUCAAGGUUAUCAGGGUACUGCAACCUAAGAACGUCUUGGAUCUUACCGAGAGAUACGACGAAUUACUACAAGAAAUCAAAGUGUGGGGCAGACUUCAGAACGAACAUAUUUUGCCUGUGCUCGGAUACGUAUACGGACAUGGCCAUUUACCUAGUCUUGUGUUUCCGUGGAUGGAGAAUGGGAGCUUGACCAACUUCUUGCGUGAACGCGAGUCCUUAGAGCGUGGUGAACGUUUUCGCUUGCUGCAAGACAUCGCCUCGGCACUGCAAUAUUUGCAUGCUAUCGCAGUGGUUCACGGAGAUUUAACAGGACAACAUUUUGGUUGACUCGCAUGGGCGUGCUUUUGUAACGGGCGUCGGGCUUUCCAAGAGGCUUAACGAGGUCGCCUCCAAAUCCGAGUCUGGUUCGAACGACACCCGUU